UGGCAAUCAGCGCCCAGUGGGCGGGACAUCCGGUGGGUUGUCGGGAGCUCGCGUGGUCCGGGGACUGACUGCCCAGGCCGAGGAGAGCGGACAUGCUGGAGGAUGCACGGGCCCGUGAGCUCUUGCCCUUCCUGUCACCGGGAACCCGUCCGGAUGUCAGGAGCCAGGCGACCGACUGCGUGCUGGGGCUGACGGGGAGCGUGGAAGGGAGAAGCUUCCUGGCCCAGAACGUGACCUAUCUGCAGGCUCUCCUGACCCUGACUCGCGAGUGUUGCGGGGCCCUGGUGAAGGACUGCCUCCGGGCCUUCGUCAACCUGUCCGCGGACGAGACUGUGCACCGGGCCCUGGUCCACGAGGUCGACCUCCUCCCUCCUCUGCUGAAGAACCUCUGUGACCCCGAGUGCGACUACUCCGACCAGAUCUGCUCCAUCCUGUCCAACCUCUCACGCAGUGCGGACACCUGCAAAGAGGUGCUGCGCGCCAUUCAGGACCAGGGCAUGGGCUUGGCCAAGAUCGUGGAGGUCUUCUGCACAGAGGGUUACAACAAGAAGGUCACCCUUCACUACCUGGGACCUCUGCUGUCCAACCUGACUCAGUUACCAGAAGCCAGGCAGUUCAUACUGGAUAAAGACAGGUGUGUCGUGCAGCGUUUACUCCCUUACACCCAGUACGAGGGUUCAUGUGUACGUCGAGGAGGCGUGGUGGGCACGCUACGUAACUGCUGCUUCGACUACGCCUCUCACGAGUGGUUGCUGGGCCCUGAAGUCGACAUCCUUCCCUUCUUGCUGCUGCCCUUGGCCGGCCCAGAGGAACUGAGCGAAGAGGAAAUGGAAGGCUUGCCCGAGGAUCUGCAGUACCUGCCGGAGAAUAAACAGCGAGAGCAGGACCCGGAUAUCCGGAGGAUGCUCCUGGAGGCCAUAAAUCUGCUGGUGGCGACCAAGAACGGGCGUGAGGUGGUGAGGGAGAAGAACGCCUAUGUGAUCCUCCGGGAGCUACACAGGUGGGAGGAGGAGCCGCAGGUUGGUGCAACCUGCCUGAAACUGAUCGAGCUGCUGAUCUCGGACGAGCCCGAGGCCGGCAUGGAGAACCUUCUGGAAGUACAGAUCCCCGAGGACGUGGAGAAGAAGCUGAGGCAACAGGAGGAAGAGGAGCAGAGGCAGCUGGAGGAGGAGAGGCAGCAGAAGGAAGAGGUCCAGCAGAAGGGAGAGGGGCAAGAGGGGAAAACACCAGCGGGUCUGGAGAGCUGACGGCUUCCUUGCCUAGUGUGGAGGAAGGAACUGCAGAUGCUGCUUUACACCAAAGAUAGACCCAAAAUGCUGGAGUAACUCAGUGGGACGGGCAGCAACUCUGGAGAGAAGGAGUGGGUGACGUUUCGGGUCGACACCCUUCUUCAGACCCUGAAAAAGGAUCUCGACCUGAAACGUCACCCAUUCCUUCUCUCCAGAGAUGCUUCGCUGCCUGGCCUGUCCUGUCCCCUGCACUUCUGUUUCAGGAGGGGCCGGGCCUUGGUUUUAUUAAUGCCCAACCUCUGUUCAUCUGCACUGAAGUUAACUGCUUGCCUGGUUCCCCUUCAAAGACUUCCCCAGAAAAUCCUUCCCAACGAACGCGUAUAGUCAUACGGCACAGAAACAGGCCCUUCGGCCCAACUCGCCCAUGCCCACCAAUGUGUCUUGCAGAGUUGGUUCCAUUUGAUUCGGAUUCAGAUUGAAACUUUAUUGUCAUUGUGCAGUGUACAGUACAGAGACAACGAAACACAGUUAGUAUCUCCCUAGAAGAGCGACAUAGAAUACGAGCAAUAAAUAAAUAUAUUUACGUGCA